CCUCCCUCCUUGCCGAGAUAGCCCCUUCCAGGCCCUCUGUCCGUCCGCUGGGGGCGCGCGCAGUGCGUGGCAGGCGGCCGCGGCGCCGGCGGCUGGGAGCGCGGGUCGCGUGGUGGUGUGUGGUUGCUAGGGGCGUCUGAGGCCGCCCGCUCGCCCCAGCAGGCCGACGGAGGAAGCAGCGCGGAGCCGGCGCCGAGCCGGGGCGAAGCUCGGUCCGCUAGGCUGACGGACUUCAAGGAUGCAGCCGCUACUACUGGAGGUGUGUGGCACCUUUUCCGAGUUGGGCCAUGAGGCCACGUGGCCAUGAUGUGGGCCCCUCAUGGCCUCAGCGGGAACAGAGCACUACAGCAUUGGCCUCCGCCAGAGAAACGGCUUCAAGCAGAGUGGCCCCUCAGGCACAGUGCCCGCCCCGCCACCGGAGAAACCCUCCGAGGGCAAAGCCUGGGCUCAGGCCCAUCAGCAGGUGAAGCCAAUCUGGAAACUGGAGAGGAAGCACGUGGGGACACUUUCAGCAGGGUUGGGCCCAGGCCUCUUAGGGGUCCCACCCCCGCCAGCAUACUUCUUUUGCCCCAGCACUUUAUGUAGCUCAGGGCGCACGGCCGUCAUCGCAGGCCACAGCACCUGCUGUUACCUGCACACCCUCCCAGACCUGUUCGGCGGCACCCUCCUGUACCGCCGCUCCGGCUGCAGGCACAAACCGUACCAGCAACUGGAGUCUUUCUGCUUGCGCUCGAGCCUGCCCGGAAAAACACCUUUUUCUCUCCCUCAGAAGAGCCUCCCUGUCAGACUCACUGCCAACAAGGCCCCUUCUUACACAGUCUCCCCCAUGGCUCAGCCCAUGGCAUCCUCAUCUACAGAUCCAUACCUCUCACUGGGAGCGGCUGGGGAAAAUCCUUCGGGGAAGAGCCUGGCCUCUGCCAUCUCAGGGAAGAUCCCCUCUCCAUUCUCCCCCUCCUCCCCCUCCUCCUCCCCCUCCUCCUCCCCCUCCUCCUCCCCCUCCUCCUCCCCCUCCUCCUCCCCCUCCUCCCCCUCCUCCUCCCCCUCCUCCCCCUCCAAGCCCACGCUGAAUAACAACUCCUUCAUGCGGCCAAAUAGCACUAAAGUGCCUUUAUCGCAGGCCACAGAGGGCCUGAAGCCAGUAUCCUCACCCAAGAUCCAUCUUGUCUCCUGGCAUCAUUCGGGGGGUACUGGAGACUGUGCAGUGCAGCCUAUUGAACACAAGGUCCCCAAGAGUACCGGCACUGUCCUAGAUGAUGCCCCUGCCUCUAGCACCCUGUCUGCCCCCAGCUCCUUAGACAUGUCCACCACCAGUGUUGCCUCUCCCCAGUAUAACCGGAGUAACUUAACCACAAGAGCAGAGCCACAUCCCUGUGGCCUGGAUGGUGACUUUGUUUCUCAGGCUCUGACUAAGGAGGUUCGGUUCACUGAGGCCGUGAGGAAGUUGACUGCAAGAGGCUUUGAGAAGAAGCCAAGGCAAGGCUGCCGGUUUGAACAGUCUUGUUUCAUGAACUCCAGCUUGCAGUGCGAUCUCCUCAACAAGAACAGGCUGUGGAAACCUCCCUCAGUAGGCCAGCAGUUCCCUCAGGAGGAUGCUGGAGCAAACAGCAGGAUCCUCCCUAGAGCCCGGGACACGUUGGAGUUGGACAGCACAGUCUUCUGUACCAAACGCAUCAGCAUUCACCUCCUUGCCUCACAUGCCAAUGCGCUCAGCCACAGCCCUGCCUGUGGGUCUACGAUCGACUCCCCACCACUGGGAGAAGACAAAACUCCCAUUCUGCCUUCUCCCUCUCAGCCCCUUGGCGUAGCUGAUGUGGCCACCCGUCUCUCUUCCAUCCAUCUGGGCCAGCUUGGGACGGAGGGGCCUAAGGAAGCCAGGGAGCUGGACUCACCUGCUAGGGACAUCGGUUCAGCUACACACCUCCAGGUAGACCUGGGUGAGGCUGAAGAUCUAGAAGAAGAGCUGGUAGAUGGUUUGGAAGACUGCUGCAGCCAUGAUGAGAAUGAAGAAGAGGAGGGAGACGCAGAGUGCUCCUCAUUCAGUGCUGUCUCCACCAGCGAGUCGGUAGCAGUGAUCUCUAGGAGCUGUGCAGAGAUUCUGACCAAACCCCUUUCCAAUGAGAAAGUUGUCCGACCAGCUCUCAUCUACAGUCUCUUUCCCAAUGUGCCCCCUACCAUCUAUUUUGGCACCCGGGAUGAGAGAGUGGAGAAACUUCCCUGGGAGCAGAGGAAGCUGCUCCGGUGGAAGAUGAGCACCGUGACCCCCAACAUUGUCAAGCAGACCAUUGGACGGUCCCACUUCAAAAUCAGCAAAAGAAACGAUGACUGGCUGGGCUGCUGGGGUCAUCACAUGAAGUCUCCUAGUUUCCGAUCCAUUCGGGAGCAUCAGAAGCUAAACCACUUCCCAGGUUCAUUCCAGAUUGGGCGAAAGGACCGACUGUGGCGGAACCUGUCUCGCAUGCAGAGCCGCUUUGGCAAGAAGGAGUUCAGCUUCUUCCCCCAGUCCUUCAUCCUGCCUCAGGAUGCCAAGCUCCUGCGCAAAGCUUGGGAGAGCAGCAGCCGCCAAAAGUGGAUUGUUAAGCCGCCAGCGUCAGCUCGAGGCAUCGGCAUCCAGGUCAUUCACAAGUGGAGUCAGCUCCCCAAGCGAAGGCCUCUCCUGGUACAGAGGUAUCUACACAAACCCUACCUCAUUAGCGGCAGCAAGUUUGAUCUGCGAAUCUAUGUUUACGUCACCUCCUACGAUCCUCUGCGGAUUUACCUCUUUUCAGAUGGACUCGUCCGCUUCGCCAGUUGCAAGUAUUCCCCUUCCAUGAAGAGCCUUGGCAACAAGUUCAUGCACCUGACCAACUACAGCGUCAAUAAGAAGAAUGCCGAGUACCAGGCCAAUGCAGAUGAAACGGCCUGCCAGGGCCACAAAUGGGCACUAAAGGCCUUAUGGAACUACCUGAGCCAGAAGGGAAUCAAUAGCGAUGCCAUCUGGGAGAAGAUAAAGGAUGUUGUUGUCAAAACCAUCAUCUCGUCAGAACCCUAUGUGACCAGCCUGCUGAAGAUGUACGUGCGGCGGCCCUAUAGCUGCCACGAGCUCUUUGGUUUUGACAUCAUGCUGGAUGAGAACCUCAAGCCCUGGGUCCUAGAGGUCAACAUUUCCCCAAGUUUUACUGCUCUUUGUACCCUUUCCCAAAGCCUCCACUCCAACUCUCCAUUGGACAUCAGCAUCAAAGGCCAGAUGAUCCGUGACCUUCUGAACCUGGCAGGCUUUGUUCUGCCCAACACAGAGGAUAUGGUUUCCAGCUCCAGCAGCUCUAGCAGCUCCAGCACCAGCCUGCCCAGCUCCCCCAGGGACAAAUGUCGAAUGACCCCAGAACAUUUCACUGCACAGAAGAUGAAGAAAGCCUAUUAUCUGACCCAGAAAAUUCCUGAUCAGGACUUUUAUGCGUCUGUGCUGGAUGUCCUGACACCAGAUGAUGUUCGGAUUCUGGUUGAGAUGGAAGAUGAGUUUUCUCGCCGCGGUCAAUUUGAACGAAUUUUUCCUUCUCGAAUCUCCUCUCGCUAUCUCCGCUUUUUUGAGCAGCCACGAUAUUUCAACAUUCUCACCACCCAGUGGGAACAGAAGUACCAUGGCAACAAGCUCAAAGGAGUAGAUCUGCUUCGGAGUUGGUGCUACAAAGGGUUCCACACAGGAGUUGUCUCUGAUUCUGCUCCAAUGUGGUCUCUCCCAACAUCACUUCUGACUGUCCCAAAGGGUGAUGUGGCGCUCAGUGCUUUCAACAAAUCAGAGACUGGCAAGCUGGGAAAACACAGCUUCUCUGAGGGAAGCAUACCACUCUCUGAAGAUGGGACCAUGCCCAAGCCCAAGAAGACCCAAGCUGGCCAUUCUUCUCUUCCCAGAAAACCCAGUUCUUCCAGGGACAGUGAGGAUACCAGCAAAGAGCCCAGCCUCUCCACCCAGAUGUUGCCUCUGAUCAAGUACUCUGGGCAGACUUUGAGACUCUCUGCUUCCCCCACCUCCCAGUCAACCGGUGACUCACUCCUGGCUGCUGUGAGCCCAUGACUGGCCUCUCUCCAUUAGCCCCUGCCUAGGAGCACCGGUGUUAGCUACCUCAUGGGAAUUGGCUGGCUGGCCAGCCAGCCUGAGCCCCGGCCCCUUCCUCAAUGUAUUUUUUUGAAGUGGUUGAAUUGCAGAGAUGGGUAUCUGAAGGGCUGGAGGGGUGGUGGGAAUGGGGAGAAGGUGAGGAAGGUUCACUGGCUGGUACCUCAUAUCCCAGCAGAGAAGCCACUGAUGGCCACUCAGCCUUAUAAAGCAGGGUUUGGUUUCUAACUUCAGAGAGCCACGUGUGGUUUGUGUGAGGCCUUGGUGCUGUGAAUGAGUUACAGCUCUGGAGGAAAAAACAUCGAACAUAUUUGGGCCUGAAGUCCUUUGCCUGUAAUUGAGGAGGUCCCUCCGAAGGUCCUUAUCUCCUCAGGUCUCCCCACCACCCUCUUCCCCACACUGUGCCCCGAGGAGCCACUUUGAGAAACCUUCUGACCUCCUCAGUAGACAGGCAGGGAGAGGCCAUAUGUGAUGAACCCAUUUCCUGUCAUCCUAGUCUUUAGGGGCUUCAUAUUUCCUUUCAUAUACCCACCAGCCAAUAGCCCUGAGUCUGUUCUGACCUCACGUCACUACCUGUUCAACCUUCUAGACUUCUUUCUCAUGAAUGUUAGCUCUUCGCUAUCUGUGAGGUGAGAGGUCUUGAGCUUUGUGAAUUUCCUGUGGCCCCAGUGAAGGAGCCCAGGUGAUCCCAGUUGCUGUUGUCUGUGUCUACACAUCAAAAGACACAACCCAGGGGCAGGGUGGAAGGAGCUGCGAUUUCCCCACAACACACAGGAAGUUGUGGGUUCUUACCUCCUUCACUGAUUAGCGGGGUCUAGCUCACAGGCCACCAGGCGAGCAGAGUCUGGGGGCAUGGCCGGUGGGUUGCAGGAGCAGUCACCAUUGUAGAAUGGCCUUCUAGUCAGACCGCUGAUGAAACUCUUGUACUCUUCACUGAAUCUACCUCCCUCCCCAAGACUCCGUAAACAGCGAGUGUUCAAUAAACAUUGACUGAGCGAACUGUGAGUACAAAGAACACGAACACCUGAACCAGAAGUUCUCCUCUCUGUGCUGGGGCCCAGUGAUGCCCAGGGGAAGCACGCGGUGGGAUAGUGGAUCAGAAAGGUGGUUUUCACUUGAACUAUGGUUUCUCCUCAACUCAACCCAGCACUUGCUGGUAGCUGCUCACUCCUUCCUGGGCCCUGUGGUCUCUUCACUUCAGUUGUCUAGCAGCUGUGCCCAACAUGAAUCCACCUGGCCCCAGGCUCUUUGCCUUUAUUCUCUCUGAAUUUCAUAAAGAUGAUUACCCUG